AUGUCCUCGGACGCGCCCACUGCGGCAUGGCAUCCGGCCUUGAUGCCCCAUACAGCUGCCGAUAUCGUACCAGACAAGCUGCCGAGUGAAGAAGCAGCCGUGCCCUCAUCUUCUACCGAAGCGAACAAGGACGACGUCGCAUACGCCACAGGACCAAGGCCUGAGCCCAACGAUGUCCAAGGCCAUGAACAUACCCGGAAUUCUGCAGGCGAAGACUGGUUUCCCGAAUACGAAUCUGCGAGUCCCUGGCUUGACCAGCCCUCUGAUCAGCCAUUCCCCUCGGGCGAAACUGCUGCCGAGGUGCAAGCGGAACAUCAUGAGGAUGAUGUAGAGGACCAAGCCUUCACUUCCUCCAAUGCAGCGAAGCAUGCCAGCACCAUUUCGUUCGCUCGGACCGUUUCGCAUGAUGUCAACUUCGAUGGAGAUGAUGAAGACCCGGAGUGGAAUCUGCCGAGGACCGACACCGAUCCUUUCAAGUUCAUGCCUCCAUCGGACCGAACGAACUCGUUCCCUGUUGUUCCGCCGGUUCCUCAGGAAUUGGCGAAAGGUACAGACCACUCUCUGCCCUCAACUCAGGUUGAGGGUCUUAUCAACAAGGUCGAGGAAGAUGCCGCAGUUUUGCAGGAGACAACUCAACAUGCGGGCAGCGCAGCAGCAACUACUAGCUCGAGGAGUGAUCAGUCGGCAGGAAAUGAGGCUGAGGUUCAACAUAGCAUGGGGGGCGACCUCAUGGGCUCGAGAGAAGAAGCUUCAGAUGAACGUUAUGCCGAGGGACUUCCUCUCAUCUCGCGGGCUGCAACCGCCAAUGAAGCUCCCGUUGAACACGCAGCACAGGCCGACCCCUUUGGCGAAGCUGAUGGGCCCGAAGACGAUGACUUCUUCAAUAACAUUGGUGCUGGAGAAGAAUCUAUACCCGAUGUAGCUCCUGAGCCGCACUCCUUGGAGCGGAAGUCGACAAUGCAGGUCAUUGACUCGAUGAACUUCGGAAAGCUAGAUAGGCACGAUACGGGACUAGACUCCAUGGCAGAAGUCGCCGAGUCACCGAAUGACGAAGCGCCCGCCCCAGUUCCGGCACAGGUCGAAACUGCAGAGCAGGCUACUACUGUGGAAGACGCCCCUGAAGGCGGCGACCUUGCUGCUAAAUGGGCUGCUGCUUUUGCCAGCGAUGAUGACGAAGAAGACUUUCUUCUGGAAGACACCACUGCGGAAUCAAAAGAGAUCGAUCCUGCUGCUUUCUUUGGAGAUGACGACGAAGGAUUUCUCGACGAUGCCGAAGAACCCGCAACACAGGACCAAUCUGUGGCUUCUGUCCCCAGAGGAGUGGCCAGCAGUUCAGGCGCCCUGGCAGGUUCCCGAUACGUUCCCUCGGGGGCGGCACCGGCUCCGUCCCAGGCACCGAACCCUUAUUAUCCAAACAGCGCUGCACAAAUGAUUCAACCCCCAACUCCAUUUUCGUAUGGUGCUCCAACUCCAGCAGCUCCUCCGUUCCCUGGAACCGGUCCCCAGCAAGCCGAUGCUGCUCGCCCGGAGCCCAGCAAAGCCCAGAGUUUUGUCGAUAAGUCCAAGGGAGGCUAUCAUUCGCCUUACGAUCUUCCCAUGGAAGUUGUGAAACCGAGGAAACGACAGAGUCUUCAGCAUCUGUCCAGUGCGCCAUCCCAUCCUGCACCGCCUCCCAUGGCACCUCCGCCGAGGAGCUCUAGCAUGCAAAGCCCUACUCGCGCUUUCUCGACUACAAGCUCGCCUCCAAGCUCAAGCCAUGGCAUUCAACAUGCUGCUGGUUCCAAACCGCCGGCAGAGAUGAAGAAGCAUAAGGAGAGCUUCUUUGAGGAACUGCCCAUGUCUUCGAGACCGCGACCUGCAUCGAGGCAUAGCCAUACCAGCCAACCUUCGCCAGCUUUAAGCAGCCCGUACGGAAAUAUACCGCCUCCACAAGGGCCGCCGCAUCCGUCGCAGCAACUCCAAUCCGGGCAUCAUGACACCUCUAUUAUCUCACCACCUCCGUCUCAACAGACACACAGCCAACCCCCCGGAGCGAACAUACCAAAUCUCGUCCCCCCGGAGCGAGUCAGUCCUUAUGCGCCUCUGCAAUCUGGCAGUGGGCCUCAGACGAGCAUGCCACCAGCAGCGAGCAGCACGCGUUACUCUCCAGCUCCUCCGCCACUCACUCACGCACACACGACGCCAUCUGCCCCACCGUCCACCCGCUACUCACCAGCUCCCUCUUCGCGAGCCACAUCAGGAGGCUACAACGUGGCGCCCCCUCCUAUCCUUCCUCAUCAACCCCGAACAUCUAGUCCACUGGCACACUUCGAGAUAUCUAGCGAUCGUGCGGCGCGGCCUCUGCAUACCAGUCACAGUGACAGCCAUAUUGAGCAGCGGCGCAGUAGCUCCUCGAUGUAUGAGUCCAGGUUGAACAGGGUACCCUCACUGCCGCCGACCAGGGAGGUUGACGAGGAGGACACUGCUCGCCAGCCAGGUGCUGACAGUGGUCCUCCACCGCCACAACAGGCGAUGCCGUACAUGCCUCGACAAACACCACCCCCUCAACUACCAAACUCGCAAGCUACGCUUUCUCCUCCCAAGCGUGUUUCCAGCUAUGCACCUCAACCCCAGACAUCUUAUAACUCCCAGCAUCCUGAGUUCGCCCCCCCACCUCGAUCUCAUACCCAAUCUCCAGGCUCACUCUACGGCAAUCGUACGGGUGGGAGGCAACCCGAACCAGUGCCCCGGCCUUCUUCGGUCCAUGACCCAACAUCUCCACGAAGCAGUGCGCCACCACUCUUCACCGAGACCGUUCCCGCAAGUUCGAGGGCCAGCAGGCCUCGCGGUUUCUCACAGAACUUAAACCUUGUUCCUCCUACAGAUGGCCGCGAGCAUGAUCCGUUACAACGGUGGAAGGGUUGCCCAGUCAUUUCUUGGGGCGUUGGAGGCACGUUGGUGACCUCGUUCCCAAAAGAUGUGCCGCGAUAUGGUAUGAACCAGGCGCUCCCGAUGAUCAUUCGAAGCCCUGGUCAGGUCAAGAUGAAGAGCAUAAAGGAAAUGGAGCCUCUAGAGGAGCGACUCAACAAGUUCCCAGGGCCGCUGAAGGGCAAGUCCAAGAAGAAGGAGGUCCUAACUUGGCUGAGCGCUGGAAUCGAGACCCUGGAGCGCAGCUCACCGAGCUCGACCUUCCAAGCUUAUUUGUCGCAUGAAGAUAAGCGUGCUGCAGAGCGUAUUCUGCUCUGGAAAGUCCUCCGCUUGUUGGUGGAAUUCGAUGGGACCUUGGACGGAAGUCCAGCAGUGGAGAAGGCUGUGCGUGAUGUUCUCGUCCCUUCGACUGGGACAGUUGAUCCCACAGCCGCCUAUCAGGCUGGCGUUAAUGGUGGUGCCGUCACGCACUCUUCUCUCACUCAGAUGACACCUGACGCCGUUGACUCACCCGUCAUUGAAGAAAUCCGGGCCAGUCUUCUCGCAGGGGACCGUGAGAAGGCGGCGUGGGAUGCUGCCGACAAACGUUUGUGGGGGCAUGCUCUCCUAAUUGCUAGCUCAGCAUCUCCAGAGCUCUACAAGAAGGUCACGCAAGAGUUUGUGCGCAAAGAGAUCAACUACCCUGGUCACCAGAAUGAAUCCAUUGGAGCGCUCUAUGACAUCCUUUCCGGCAAUCACGAGGAAUGUGUCGACGAGCUUGUACCGGUACACGCACGCGCUGGCUUGCAGCUGAUGGCGACGAAUCCUACUUCGGCUACGUCCAAGGAUUCCCUUGAGGGCCUUGAUAAGUGGCGUGAGACUCUUUCUCUGGUCUUGAGCAACAGAAGCCCAAAUGACACGAAUGCACUCCGUGCCAUGGGCAACCUGUUGUCCGGCUAUGGUCGCGCUGAAGCUGCGCAUAUUUGUUUCCUCUUCGCCCGUGAUGUCUCCGUCUUUGGCGGAUUGGACGACCCCCAGGCGAAUUUUGUCCUCGUUGGGUCCGACCACAGGAGACAGGUCGACCAGUUCGCCAAAGAGAUCGAGCCGCUUCUUCUCAGCGAGGUCUACGAGUACGGUCUUUCUCUGGCUGGCGGUCUGAACGCCGCAACAGGAAACCCGCAUUUGGCAGCCUAUAAGCUGCAACAUGCCAUAACGCUCUCAGAGUAUGGCUUCAGGGACAAGGCGUUGCAGUACUGUGAUGCUAUCAUAAACUCCAUCACUGCCCAAACGAGGCGGUCAGCUUAUCACCAUGCUGUGCUAGAGGGAGCCGUUGAAGACCUUUACAAGCGACUCAAGCAAGCACCCAAGGGCGAGUCCAACUCGUGGAUUCCCAAGCCGAGCAUGAAUAAGGUAUCUGACUCGAUGUGGAACCGGUUCAACAAGUUUGUCGCUGGCGAUGAGGCAGAAGGGGCUGCAGACGGCGCAAACGGAGAAGGCAUGGAGUCGGGUCCGUUUGCCCGCAUCCCUGGCGGAACGCCAACUAUCAGCCGACCCGCCUCCUCGGCCGGCGCCACAGGCAUGGAGAUGUUUGGCUCCCAAGCCAAUCCGUAUGCUGCUGCGCAGUCAAGUGCUCCUGCAGUGCCCCCCCCUGCGCCUACAAGAGCUGGGUCUCGAUAUGCACCGGCUACGAGUGCUGCUCCCGCCGCUUACGAGCCCGGCUCAUCAUACACGCCAGCUGGUCGAUCAUCCAUGGAGAGGUCAUCUGGAGAGUACAACCGAAGCUCCUACGAACUGCCUCGCCGUUCAGGAGAGUACAGUCCUGGAUAUGCGGCGCCGAGUGGAGCCCAGAAUGGCAGUGUGCCGUCUCCUGGCUAUCAGCAGCCACAGCAAGCCCCUCAGCACUCACCCUACGCACCCUCGUCUCAGACUGAUCUCCACGCUCAACAACAAGCUCAGGCAGAGUAUCCAGGUUACAAUGCCGACUCGGCCACCAACGGAUCUCCGUACGCACCUGCUCCCGCGGUGCAAGUCAGCCCUGCCAAGGUAGAGGACGAGACGCCAGUGACCACGGGCUAUCAGGCUCCGUCCUAUGGCUACGAACCCCCCUCAAUCAAUACCUCCUAUGAGCCGCCUUCGGCCGGGACCGAGGAGAAGCAGCCUGAAGAGAAUGCGACUGGUGGCGGAUACGAGCCACCCUCGUUCCAACCAUAUGGCUACGAACCGCCUUCAUACAACCCUGAACCCGACGCUGCCUCUGAUGACGAGGCCAGGCCCAAGAAACCCAAGAAGAGCUUCAUGGAUGACGACGACGAUGACAUCCCGGCCCUAAAAGCCCAACCCCAGGGAAAGACCAAGGAGGAGAAGGACAGGGAGAACGCCGAGCUGUUCCGCAAAGUGGCCGAAGAGGAUGCCAAACGCGCCGAGGCCGAGAAGGCAGCCAAGGCCAAGAAGGGCUGGGGCCUGACGUCGUGGUGGGGCGGCAGCGGCAAGAAGGAGACGUCGCCGUCCCCGGACCCCAACAAGCCCAUCCGCGCCAACCUCGGCGAGAAGAGCAGCUUCUACUUCGACCCGGAGCUCAAGCGCUGGGUCAACAAGAACGCGCCGCCCGAGGAAAGCGCCGCCAAGAAGGCCACGCCGCCGCCGCCGCGGUCGGCCCCGCGCUCCGCGACCAACACGCCCCCCCCUCCGGGCGCAGGACCUCCACCGCCGCCGCCCAUGGGCGGCGGCGCCGGCUCCUCCCUGCCGCCCUCGGCCUCGCUGCCGAACCUCGCUGUCGGCGCCGGCCUGCCGCCCAGGAGCAGCGGGAGCGACGGCAGCGGCGGCGCGGGAGGACCCCCCCUCGGCGGGCCCGUCGCGAUGCUGCGGUCGGGAUCGAGCGGAGGCGUCGGCGGCGGAGGGGCGGCGGCGACACCGCCUCCCAGCCGGCCGGCGACGAGCAUGAGCAACGCCAGCAGCAUCGACGACCUGCUCAGCGCCGCUGGGCCGAGGAAGCCCGGCGCCAAGAAGGGCCGCAAGGCGGGCCGCUAUGUCGAUGUCAUGGCGAAAUAA